AUGCCUCACAUCUACGUCUUGUUCACAUCUGGGAGCACUGGCUCGCCGGUCGGCGUGCUCGGGACAGAGACAGGUCUUCUCAAUCGCGUCAAAUGGGCGCAGUCUCAGGGCUUCCUCAACCCCAGUGACACAUAUGCGUUCAAGACGGCCCCCGUCUUUGUGGACAGCCUGAUGGAAUGCCUGGGGUCUUUGCUUGGCGGCGCCCGCAUACUCGCCAUACCCCGCGCCCUCCUGAAGGAUCCGGCCAAGUGCAUUGAGGCGCUGCGGCUGGGCGAGGCCAGCAUUGUCGCGGCGCUGCCGCGCGUGUGGCGCAGCUGGGCGGCAGCUGCCGCCCCCGGCGGCCCACUGCCCCCGGCCCGGGUCGGCGUCAGCAGCGGCGAGCCACUGACGGGGCCAGCGCUGCGCGCCAUGCGCGCCCUCCUCCCCGCCCCGGCCCGCCUGCUCAACCUGUACGGCUGCACCGAGACGGCGGCGGACGCCACGUGGGCCGAUCUCAGCGGAUGGUCGGGCCACUCAGCCGCGCCCAUCCCUGUCGGCCGCCCCCUCCCGGGCGUCGUGGUGGCGGUGUGCCGGGAGGAAAGCGUGCAUUUUGCCGGCGCAGCUCAGACGUCGACCAUGGGGGGAACCCAAAAGGACCCUGUUGUGACCCACGAUCAAGGCGCCUCCGCCCUGUGCGAGCUCGGGUCCCCCGGGCGCGUCCUGGUGGCCGGCCUGUGCCUUGCGGAGGGCACAACGGGCGACGGAUGCCUGGCCCUGCGCUGGUUCGAGGGCCUGACGCGGGCGAGAGAGGGUCCUGUGUCGCUGGCCGGCCACUCUGAUGACAUGCCCGACCGCAUGCCCUUCUUCGACACGGGGGACUGGGGCUGCAUGGACGACGCGAGGUGCCUGACCCUGCUGGGACGGGCAGAUCGCUGCGUCAAGGUCUCGGGGACGCGGGUGGAUCUGGCCGAGCUGGAAAUGGUUUUGGGCGAGAUAGAGGGCGUGAAGGAGGCAGUGGCCUGGCUGGCCAGCAGCCUGCUGGCCCUCGUCUUCUGCAAUGAGCCAAGCGGCGUGGUUGGGGACGUGGACGCCGGCGGCCCCGUGAGGGCACGGCCAGUGACAGACAUUCACCACCGGGUUUGGAUCGGCACCCACGCCAGGUCCAUGCUCAUACUCACCAUUUCCGACGGAGAUCCAGUCGCCCAAUUUCGCCAGGAAUCCAUCCCCCUUCUCGGCCCCGUCUCCGCGGCCGUCACAUUCGUGCCUGCCCUGCAACUGGCGGUGGCUGCAUGCCUGGACGGGUCGGUGGUGGGCAUCUCCUGCAGGGCCCGUCGUGGGCAGCCAGAAACCGUGGCCUGGACCCUCGGCAGCAGUGAACUGGGGAUGCGGCGCGCGCCCCUGUUUGCGCCGGUCGCCGUUUGCCCUGGCCGCACAGGUCUGUCAGUGGUCGCUGUGAGCGCCGUGGGCGGCUGCGCCCGUAUCGACCUGAAUGCCAGCCUGAAGGACUGCGAUGGGUGCAGCCCAAUCGCCCUGCCCUGCGCGCCAGCGCCCUCCGGGGUCUAUGCCCCGCUGAGCGCGCUGGGCGACGGGGGCCUGGCGAUGGGGUGCGAAGACGGGCGGCUGUGCAUCCUGCAGGCGUAUUCUGGGGCCGGCUGGCAGGAGCAACCCCUGCAAAUCAGCCUCCCGGGCCUCGGCUCACGCAUCACGGGGCUGGUGCAUGUCACGGCCCCGGGCACCUCCCUCGCCCAGCCCCUCCUAGUGGCCACCACUGCCUCUGGGCAUGUCGCCCUGCUGGCACCCUCUGAAGGGGCCGUGCCUGCCUGGCAGAUCAGGGAGGCCAUUUGCCUGCCUGCGCCCAUCUUUUCAGCUCCAACCUUUGAUGUAGAGACGGGCAGCCUGUUCUUGGGUUGCCGCGACGACCAUGUGUAUUGUUUACGCAUAGGCCAUUGA